AUGGAAGAAGCCCUAAGAAAGUUCAACUCACCCAUACCCGAUUACGAACCCGACCCGAUUCAUUUCAAGCGAAACUUCACCAAAGCCAAAGCUUCACCGGUUAACCGCAGAUCAUCUUCAAAGGAGAUAACUGUCACCGUCCCCGGAGAUGGAUGCACCAAGACGAGGUACCGCGGCGUUCGGCGGAGGCCGUGGGGACGAUAUGCGGCGGAGAUACGUGAUCCGACGUCGAAGGAGAGACGGUGGCUCGGAACAUUCGACACGGCGGAGGAAGCUGCUUGUGCUUACGACGUCGCAGCUCGUACCUUUCGUGGAUCUAAGGCUCGUACUAAUUUCACUUAUCCGACGGCUAAUGCAGUUCCUGUUCCUGAGCCUAGAUUCUCUUUUUUCUCCAAAAAAUAUCAACCGUCCGUUCGUUGUCCGAUUCCGUUGGAUCAUUCUACUCAUGAGUUUUUCGGUACACCGACACUGCAGAGGAGUAAUAAAGAGCCUCUCUUCUUACGCGACGCAUCGUGCUCCUCUUCUAAAACGUCGCCGUUUAACUCUUUCAACGGUUCGUCUUCUUCUUACUCUCAACCUAAAACGGCUCACGUUUCGUCUUCCCCUGAAGAAAACUACUCGGAGACUGGUCUCUUGCAAGAGGUUGUUCAAGAGUUCUUGAAGAAAAACCCUAACCGUCCUCCGCCGCCGCCGCCAACUCCUCCGCAGUCUCCACCAUCAUACUCGGGUGAUUUCUCUGCUCUCUCCGUUGUCCCCUACAAUUCUGGUUACUUCGACGGCGUGAGCGCUGCCGCUGACGGUGGUUUUACGUACGGAUCAGGCGAGUGGGGGUAUCAGGACAUGUUGAUGUACGGCACUCAGUUGGGAUGUACUUGUCGAAAAUCGUGGGGCUAG